ACUGCUGGAGGCCCGACAGCAGCUCAGAGCGAUAUGAAGAGCUUCUCCUUCAGGGCCUUGAGGGCGGUACCUUCAGCAGCUCGCACGCUGAAGACGCAUCACGAAAGCACACACACAAGACGGAACUUUAUUUACAUAAAUGCUUGAAUUCAAAAUGCUUGGUUGAAACCCAGAGGUAUUCAAUCUAUGACGAUUUGAAACAUCCCCAAAGUGGAGGAGGCUGGGACCAGCUGGUUAGCAGAAACACGGCUGAGACCUGUUGUCAGGGUGAAUUUCCGCGUUGUGCGGCUGACUUGGUACUGGUAGAAGCGGGGAACCAGUUGCCGGCCCAGCUUGAUGUAGGCACCCCGGUUGCUUCCCUCCUCAUAAUAGUUUGACGCUGAGAAAAUGGUGAUCACCUGUGGGACAAACAUGCUCUAAACAUUCCUCCAGACUCAAAUGUUUAUUUAAACAAUCUGAAUUGGCGUCUUGCAUCCCUCCCGUCUCCCUGUCCCCCGUGACAGAGCUCGUAUCCUUCCUGUUUGCACUCGUGGGAUCUGAUGAGCAGCUGGAGUCCGUGCUGAAGCAGCAGUCGGCGGGUGACGUCCGGCCCGAAGUAGCAGCCUCCUCCCCUGAAUGUGUUACUUCGGACUGCAGCCGUCUUGGGUUUUAGGGUCGCUCCACAAUAUAUCCACCACCUGCAGGAGAAAGGAAAGCAGAUAAUGUUUCCUGUUUCCAUUCCCGGUCAUGUUGUGGAGGUGCAGGAGACGGAACGGAGGAUAAAGAGUCCAGGCGGCUGCUGCUACAUUCAUAUCGCGCUGGUUGUGCGUCUCGCUGCUCCAGGAGUUCGUGUCGCACAAACAGCUGCGCACUAAAACUAAACACGACUUUUACCUCUGAAGUCACAAUGACUGCAUUGUUGCUCGUCGUGCUGUUGGCUGUGGUGUCGGGUCACGGAGACUUCUUCACAAACCACUGGGCAGUGCGGAUCAACGGUGGGCAGCAACACGCUGAUAGAAUCGCAGCAAAAUAUGGAUAUAUGAACUAUGGGCAGAUAGGAAGUCUGGACGACCAUUACCACUUCCACCACAGCAGAGUGGUUCGCAGAGCUGCAUUCUCUUUGAAGGGCCCGCACAGCUUCAUCCAUAUGGAUCCUGAGGUGGACUGGGCUCAGCAGCAGGUAGUAAAACUCAGAGUAAAGAGGUAUGCCCAAAGUGACCCCAGCUUUACUUAUUUCAAUGACCCUAAAUGGUCCAACAUGUGGUACAUUCAUUGCAAUGAUAAGAACAGCCGUUGUCACUCAGAGAUGAACAUCAUGGCUGCAUGGCAGAGGGGCUACACCGGCAAGAAUGUGGUGAUCAGCAUAUUGGAUGAUGGCAUCGAAAGGAACCACCCUGAUCUGGCUCAGAAUUAUGACCAUUUCGCAAGUUAUGAUGUCAAUGGGAAUGACCAUGACCCUACACCACGUUAUGACUCCCGCAAUGAAAACAUACACGGAACUCGCUGUGCAGGUGAAGUUGCAGCAGUGGCCAAUAACUCCCAUUGUACCAUUGGGAUUGCCUAUAAUGCCCGUAUUGGAGGGAUUCGGAUGUUGGAUGGUGAUGUAACUGAUUUGGUAGAGGCCAAGUCCCUGGGAAUCCGACCUGACUACAUUGACAUCUACAGUGCUAGCUGGGGCCCAAAAGACGAUGGCAAGACAGUGGAUGGCCCUGGGCUGCUAACUAAGCAGGCUUUUGAGCAAGGCAUUAAGAAGGGCCGCAAAGGCUUGGGGUCCAUUUUUGUCUGGGCGUCAGGAAAUGGGGGUCGACAGGGGGAUCACUGUUCAUGUGACGGUUACACCAGCAGUAUCUACACAAUCUCCAUCUCCAGCACCACAGAGAACGGAAACAAGCCCUGGUACCUAGAGGUCUGCAGCUCUACCAUUGCCACAACGUACAGCAGUGGAGAGUUUAACGAGAGGAAUAUUGUAACCACCGACCUCCGGCACCUCUGCACUGAUGGUCAUACUGGCACAUCCGUCUCUGCCCCCAUUGUGGCUGGAGUCAUAGCCCUCGCUCUAGAGGCCAACCUUUUGCUGACAUGGAGGGAUGUGCAACAUCUUCUGGUGAAGACAUCCAGACCAGUCCACCUGAAAGCCGAUGACUGGAAGACCAAUGCUGCAGGACUCAGAGUCAGCCACCUGUAUGGUUUUGGCCUUGUGGAUGCCGAGGCCUUGGUGCUGGAGGCUUCAGAGUGGAGGACUGUUCCUCCUCAGCACACCUGCAGUCGGAAGUCUGUGCAGCGCUCCAGGUACAUCCAUGCUGGUCACAGUAUGAACAGCAGUAUUACCAGCUCUGGGUGUUCAGAAGAACCUAACCAGCACGUGGACCACCUCGAGCAUGUGGUGGUCAAGGUCCUGAUCGUCCACCCACGGCGAGGAGACAUGGAGAUCAACCUCAUCUCUCCGUCUGGGACGAGAUCACAGCUGCUGGCCAAGAGGUUGUUUGACAGUUCCAAUGAGGGCUUUAGGAACUGGGCGUUCAUGACGGUUCAUUUCUGGGGUGAGAGGGCAGACGGCAUAUGGACUCUGGAGGUUGUUGACUUACCAUCAAAGCUACGCAACCCUAAGGUGCUGGGAAACCUAAAAGAAUGGACACUGAUCCUUUAUGGCACAUCUCAGAACCCUUACCAGCCCCACAGUGCUCAGCACUCUCGUUCAAGGAUGUUGGAGAUCCCAGAUGAGAUCCUAGAGGAGCCUGAGCUGGAGGAGGAAGAUGAAUACAAUGGACCAUGCCACAUUGAAUGUGGAGACCAGGGCUGUGACGGACCAGGGACUGAACACUGCCUCAACUGUGUCCACUUCAGCUCAGGCAGCUUGACAAGUGGCAGAAGCUGUGUGAGCCGCUGUCCUCUUGGCCACUAUGGAGACGCAGCGUCUCGACGCUGUCGACGCUGCUAUAAAGGCUGUGAGGGAUGCGUUGGGCGGUCAGACACUGACUGCCUCUCCUGUCGAAAAGGUCUUCACCUCAACACACUCAACUCCAGCUGCAGCAAUACCUGCCCCCCGGGUUACUUUGCUGAUGACAAUCAGAGACAGUGUCUCAAGUGUCAUGGCACCUGUAUGAGAUGCCUGAGCUAUGCCGACCGAUGCACUGCCUGCUGUGAAGGCUACCGUCUGGCAGGGAUGACCUGUGUUCCUGAAUGCACCGAUGGGACCUUUUUCCAGGUGGAAGAGAUGACCUGCAGCCCAUGCCAUUCCUCUUGUAGGACUUGUACAGGGGCCGGUAAGAAGGAGUGUAUCCAAUGUGCUGAGGGCCACCUGCAGCAGGAGUGGAGGUGUGUGCGGACUUGUACUCCUGGCUAUUACUCUGCAGAGGCAGCAGGAGUCCCUCAUAAGAUGUGCCACAGGUGUGAAGACAAGUGUCUGAGCUGCAGUGGCCCCGGAACAACUUGCACCCAAUGCAAAGAGGGUUAUGGUCUGGUCGGCGGGACUUGUCUUGUGAAUACCUUCUGUAAUAAUGCUGACGAGGUGUUCUGUGCGAUGGUCAAGUCCAACCGUCUCUGUGAGAAGAAACUUUACCGUCAGUUCUGCUGCCUUACCUGUCUUAUGAACGGAUGAGGAGCCGACCGCCCCUGGAUACCUCCUUCUCUCAUCUUAAAAGAAUGUGUGGAAUGUGUAUACAUAUUGUUAACUGAAAACGAAUGUACAAAACGCCAUUAAAAUGAAUGUGCUUUCUAAAAUAGGAUGCACAGCUUGUAUUCAAAGAUUGUAAAAGAAGAAAUAAAUGGAGCUGGCCCUUG